AAGGCCCCGGACCGACCUCUGCUCCAUCCAUCACCGACUCCACCAAGCCCGCACAUCCCGCCCACGCCACGCCUCCCGCACGCCUCGCCUGCCACCAUUGCGACGACGACGACUUCGACCAGCCCGCGCAGGUCCUACGGAGUAGACCGCCAACAGCCCCAUGGCCUAUCGCGGCAAGUACUUCGAGGAGAGCGACGGCGAGGCAGACGACGAGUAUGAGCGCACCGUCAUCCAGAGCCCGACCUUGCCCGCCGACUAUCAUGACAGCUCGCCGACCGACAGCACCCACAGCACCGAGCAUACCCCUACCACGUACACGCACUCGCGAGAUGGGAAGAGCAGCCCCGCCGGCCUGAUCACAGAGUGGACCGAAGAGCAGGUGGCCGACUUCAUCUCGGAUCUGGGGCUCGACCAGUACGCCGAGACCUUUAUACACGAAGGCAUCAACGGUGAAGCUCUGGUGGCCCUGCAGCAUGCCGAGCUUAAGGAGAUUGGCAUGAAUAGUGUGGGCCACCGCCUGACCGUUCUCAAGGCCGUCUACGAAACCAAGGUCAAGCAGGAUGUACCUAUAGACCCGGAUCAUUAUGUGCCGCUCUCUGCCGACUCUUCUGCACAAGACGCACCGGCGACGCAGGACGAUCUUUCCAAGGUGAUACGAGUGAUUCAGGCUCGAGACGAGCGGAUACAGGUCGCCGAGGCCGAGCUACGGCAUCUGAAGGAUGCCCUGAGUAGGGCAUCGGAGGAGAAUAAGCGACUUCGAGAAGAGUUCCAGGAAGAAUAUAGAAGGCUGCGUGAAGAGUUCCUACCGAUUGCGCGCCUGCUCAAGGACAGCCAGCAACCCUUGCCUACUCCUCAGGAACAUGCCGCACCUACCGCCGCGGAUCAGCAGAGAUCGGGCGGGCUGUCACGUAAGUUCUCUACCAAGAAGCUUUUCCUCGGAUCCGCACCAAAGAACCCCUCCCCGACCAUCCAUGAGGGUCGGACAAUGGCCGACAGCACCUCAAUCGAUCCUUCAGCGGCAGCGCUUGCAGCGUCCUCACACCUCACAGCGUCAUUACCCGGCGGCCAGCAAAUGUCGCCCAACACCGCUGGCCAACCCUCUCCGACCUCCCCCGCCUACAACCAGAAUCGCACGUACAACCGCGAUGUGCCUCCGCGAAGCACACUUCCCGACCACGAGAACACGCCGGCGUGGAACCAGAGCUGGGCCUCGGAAAGUACCGCUGUCGGUCGCGACUCCAGGCCGACUCCCGCCCCCCUGUCGAAUCGUCCACUACGCAAUAACGCACAGCCCAACGGCACAGAUGACAGAGACCGCGAUCCGCCAUUAUCCGGAAAUACAAUGAACGUCGCGAAUCCGCCUUCGUCCGCUCCCUCUCAGCCUUCCGGCGCCCCUUCGGUCGAGAUCUUCAAGUCGUUCCGUGUCUCUAUCGAUGACCCAUGCCACAAGGUUCUGCCCGUCGCGCUGAAAAAGUACAACAUCACAGCCGACUGGCGGCAAUAUGCUUUGUACAUUGUGCAUGGUGAUCAGGAACGAUGUCUGGGACUGAACGAAAGACCUCUGAUUCUCUUCAAGCAGCUGGACAAGGAGGGCCGGAAACCCAUGUUUAUGCUUCGCAAGCACGCCGCUCCCGCCGAAGGACACGUCAGUACCAUCGGAGGGAACGAUCAAAGGAGCGUCGGCUCAGGAGGUGGAGUCGGGUGGGACGGCCAGAAUAGGGGAGUUCAACUGCCUGGGGGUGUGCUUUAGGGGGGUGCAGCUCGUCGAAAGCCUUGCCAUUCCGGUUCAGAAAAUUCGCCACGAGGAAAAUUCGGGAAGAGUGUAAGAUG